AUGGCUCUAUCUAGUCCAGAAUCACCUGUUCCGCUACGCCGGGUUGUAAUUAAUCGCACUGAAAACCCGAGCGAGGAACACGAGGAGCUUAACAAGAUGGCACACGGCGUUGUGGCAGAAAGUCGAAGGUUUGUACUCUUGGUUGAGUUUUCUUUUAUGUAGCGAAGUUUCGCUUAGUUGUGUUAUUAAUGGAGAGAACUUAGAUAAUUUACUGAAAUUUUAAAAGGUGUAUAUGCACACGAGCCCAAGCCUAGCUUGAUUUAUUACAUGGCCAUAUGCAUUAUUUCUAUUUUAUGUUCGAUCAGUGUGAAACGCAGACUGCAGACUGCAGACUGCGAACCAGGGGUUAAAAUGCAGACUGAGUGUAAAAUGCAGACUGCAGACUAAGAGUAAAACGCAGGCUGGGGUAAAAUGCAGACCGAGCAUAACUGUAGUCGUGGAAGGGUUUAAGGGCAAAAAAAUCCCGCAAAUAUAUGUAAACGAACACUUACUUGACGACAUCUGCUUUCACAAAUCCAUUCCUUUCUUCUCUGGAACGUCGUUGACGACCCGAAAACAUAAUCGCAAUCUUGAACCUCUUUCCUGUCUGAGAGACUUCACGCUUCAACUUUAGAUGCGAAGUUUUCGAUAUACGUGACCAGGGACCGUGAACUGAUACAACACCACGAUGUUUACGCUUAAAUGAAAGCUGCCGACCCAAAAUACUGUACAGGAAGAAUUAUGGCGAUAAAAAAGGGAGUAAAUCAUUCCAACAACAAAUAAAGAUGUUCUGCAGGAAAUUUGGAUGACCUUCUAUGAAAGUAUUGCAAAUCAAGGUACACAGACUUAAUCUGUUCAGAUGUUCAUUGAAACUUCAGGUGAAUGUGCAAUACACUUCGACUACGAAGCGAAGUGUGUAACUGAUACCGGCUACCUGUUUCACCGAUUUGGAGAAGAAGGAGCACAAAUGUUUAAAAAAGGUUACAGUCUUUAUUCUGCAUUUUACACCCAGCUUGCAUUUUACUCUCAGUCUGCAGUCUGCAUUUUACCCCCGGUCCGCAGUCUGCAGUCUGCGUUUUACACUGACCGUUUUAUGUUCCCCCCACCCCCCCCCCCCCCCCCCCCCCACUAAUCUCAAUCGAUGAGGGUUUUUAUGGGGCUGGCCUGAGAGAUGUUCUGAUUGGUUCAGUAAUAGUAAUAGAAGGCAGGUUUUUCUGAAGGGUGUUUUUAUCCAAAACAUCAAUCAAAUAAAUCAAGCAGAAAAGAAUAAAGCAAUAAAUCCUUCGUUGGUCUGUUGUUAACAGUCACAGAACCAUGAUCAACACACAAUGCAUACCAGCAGCCUUAACUAACCAGUUGAUCAGUUGUACAGUACUGUUUUCUCAUCUCAUUUUGUUUGUAUAACCGCUUAUUUUACUCAUUUGACCUUAAGACGGAAUCCAUCAGGAAAUUGAAUAAUUUUGCUUUUCAGUGGACAAAAACCUUGUACCAGAAUAAUUUAAAGCAUAUUGCAUUCUUGUUUUACAUUUUUCAAGGGCUAAAGAUGUAAUUAGUCAUCUGUAAUAAUACCAAAGAAAAUUUCUUAUUGAAGCCCAAGAAAAUGAAAUGCCAAAUUUCACAAAAUUGCAUCUUUCAAAUGAAAUUUUCAGAAUUAAAUUAAAAUUACUCAAUUAAGCAGUGGAUUCCAUCUUAAUACUUGAGCCUCUUUAUAGGUAUUUCCUGUAUUAAAUGGACAGAAGAGCAUCCCACAAGGGUGUCCAUCUAAUAUAAUCAAACCUCACUUUAUGGACACCCUCUUAAUAUGGACAGUUUGCUUUGUCCAUGGGGUAAUAGACCUAGUCACGGUUUUCAAUGCCAUCUUGACGAGCUGAGUGGGCAAAUGCAUGAGAAAGUACAGUGUUUGUAUGAGAAACUAAUGUCGAAUAAUUUCUGUAAAAUGACUGUUUUGAAAAAAAUAUGAUUUGUAAACUAAAGCUUCACUCUUAAGGAUUCCUAAUGAAAAAAUUUGAGGGUGUCACAUGCACUAGAAGACCUCGAACCUUUUUUUCAAAUUUUCUAUACAUUUGUCUGUAAAAAUUUCCUGGGAAAAAUUGCAGACAAAUAUAUGGAAAAUCUAAAGCAAGCUUCUGGAGAAAUUUAAGCACAGUAACGGCCCCCAAAAUUUGUUAGUAAAAUCCUUUGCUGUGUAACUUUAGUUUACAAUUUAUAUAUUUUUCCAGAAUAGCCCUUUUACAGAAAUCAUUCGACAUUGGAUUCUCAUACAAACACUGUAAUUUCUCAAGCCUUUGCCUACUCAUCGAGAUGACAUCGAAAGAAACCCUUACAUUUCCUCUAAAUUCAACGUGCUUAUUAUGGACACCUCAUCAAUAUGGGCAUUUUCUAUGGCUCCCUGUAUGGCCCCCUCAGUGUCCAAAAUAACAGGGUUCGACUGUACUGGUUUCACAACAACAGCAACAACAAAAACAACAACAAUUUUUAUUGUUCCCAAAGCAGAAUAUUAUAGUUAUUUACAAGUUGCUAAAUUAAUCAAUUAACGAAAAGGGGUACUGACUUUCUGAAAUAACUAAUAAGUUUAAAAUGCCAAGAAGCCAGAUUCAGUAAAAUGAUUGAACUAAGUUUAUUGUGCGGAGUACAAUAUGGCAGCAUAUCAGACUGUAUACACACAAACACUCUGAUAUACACACACACACUAGUGCAUAUUACCAUAAGAAGAGCGAAAAAUUAGGAUAGAAGUUACAAAGUACAAGAUAAUUGGCAAUAUUAGUACAGCGAAAGAUAAUGUUGUUUUAAUUUUGAUUUGAAUUGAGAAAGAGAAACAGCUUUAAUCUUUUCAUCAAUUGAGUUCAGUGUGGAUGUCUGACAACCUUUCUGGUCUGCCUGGCUAAAAUGGUGACCUACUGUAGUUGGACAUAAUUAUGCCCUUUCUAAAAGGAAAAAAAAAAGUAUUUUUAGGCCUGCUAUUCAAAACCAACUGUUAACUCACUUUUGUAGCACAAUAUAUGCCAUGCCACGUCAAGCUGUUUAAAUUCCAUGGUUGUUUUGUUUACAGUGAAGAUGUCUUCUCAAGCUAUGCUUGCAACUCAUUAAAUCAUAAAGGAAUUAAACAUCAUCCGGGGGAUAUUGUAGAAGCUGGUUGCUUGGCGGUAAGUAUGUAUACUGCAUGUUUUUUGAAAUGGCUUGAAAAUCAAACCGAAUUUGUCCCUACUGUGGUUAAACAAGCAUUAGACCUUGUUUGAGUCAGAAUUUUCUUUGUUUCCUAGCCUCAACAAAGAGAAGUCAUUAUGUCAUGUUGCCCUGUUACUAGCAACAUUCGUGGAUCUCAGCAAACUGUGGCCCUGCAAUUAUAUGGGAGAAAAAAAUAGGACUGUAUGACUUUCCUAUGAUUGCACUUAGGACUUUUCUUUCAUCAUCUAACAAUACAAAUCAUGAAAUGGCCAUUUCUGUCUUGAAAGAAGGACUGUUGAGAUCCAGAAAUCUUGUUAAAUGAUGGUAAAGUGAUAUCACGCUUUUCCCAAUGAUUUGUAGGGGACAAAGAUAACAUUAUUCCAUUUUAUCUGAGAACAGUUUAUUCUCACAAUGUUCAACUGUCUGCGCUAUUGAUAUUUUUGUUUUUAAAAAGGUUGUUUCAUUUUGCAGGUUUUACUGAUGAUUAUCUUUUUAAAGUAAAUGUGUGGUUCCAGAAAAUAUCCAUACCCCCCACGGAUGGUUAAUAGAAAUUCCUAGGGGGUCGGGGGGCGAAAGGGUAGAAUUUUCCGAGGGGUACAGGGGGUGCCCACGAGAAUAAUUUUCCACAGGGUUGUAAAAGACGUGAUCAAUCAUACGAGACAUACUUAAGUAUAUGUGGAUUAUUUUGAUUUGUAGCACAACAAAAAUUAGAAGUAGAUGCCCUUUCGAGAAAAAAAACUUCAAGAUGUUUGUCUCAAACGUCGAUCGUCUUCUUUACUGGAAGUUCGCUAUCAUCUCCGCUCUAACGAUUUGUCCACACGCUCUAACGAUUUGUUCUAACGCUCUAACGGAUUGCUCUUACGAUCUAACGGUUGAUUCUAAACAGCUAACGGUCGGUCUGUCCAACGUUUGACUUUGACGAAGUCUUUAAAUAAAUAUCGCACUUCGGGCAAAUCGAUCGCAAUUCUCAACAGGUUACUUCUCCGGGAAUAAAUUCUAGCGCACCGAUUAAUAAUAAUUUCUUUAUGUCGAACAUGUAUCUAGAUUGUGGACUCGACUGCAGAUAGUCUGACAAAAACUUACGCUAAUCGAGAACAAACGUCGUCUAACUCUGCGAUAUAUUUCUCGAGCUUUGUGUAAACAACUUUAUGCAAAUUUCUGUUGACAUUCAGUGAGCUUGUUGCGACAAAGCGUUGCGUGACGACCCAAAUGAGACCUUUGCUGUAUUUUAUUAUUGACUUCUAAUAGAGUACCGUUGAAGGCAAGCUGUGUGUCCAACAGACCUUUCGCCAAAUCAACUUUUGCCCGAAAAUAAUAACGAUCUGUUCCUUCUUUGUGGAGAAGACUUUCGAUGACGUGCUAGGCAACGAAAUAGAUCAUGUUUCACUGAUGUUCAUUUCUGAACAUGAAUCGAUGCAAAUACUGUAUGGGACGCAAAAUGAAUGUUUGCAUAUUUUGUUCUUUUAUAACCCAAAUAGGUUUUUUUGUAAUUCCUGAGAUUUUUUUAACUGCAAGUGUAAUUCAUUCAAAGUUAAACUUAAUUACAAACAUCGAGAGAUCGACUUUGUGGUGACUUUAGGACCCGAGGCCGAACAAACGAUAAACUUUGUUGUAAGUUAGUUUUCUAGUAGAUCCGUUUUGAAAUUCGAAUUUCUUCACAUAGUUUAAUGUUAAAUCAAUAGUUAACUUUGAAGUUAUGCUGUAAAUGUUGCAUUUUAGAUGAAACUGUCUUAGACAAGACGUGUACAUAGUGAAACUUAAUAACAGUACCAGACAUCAACUUUGUCUAACUUUGUCUGUAGGUAGAUUCGUUUUGAAAUUUGAAAAUGUUCACAUAGUUUUAUUUCAAUGAAUAA